AUUUUCAUACGUUCUCUGAGUGCCGGUGGGUUGCUGGCGGGGACGGCGGUGGUUUCGCGCUCUUCCUCCCGCGCCGUACGGACGGUCGAUCGAGCCCUCCGAAUCCUACGGACGCCGCGCUUUCCGUCGCCUCCUUCUUCCCGACGAAGUUAGACCUUCCUGCCAUUGUCUCUCCGGGCGACCGGAGCCUUUCUUCUCCAUGGGAGCCAAGUCGUCGAAGGGCUGCCUCUGGUGGCUCAUCGUCCUUGCGAUCGCCGCGCUUGUCGUCGCCGCCGCCGUCUUCACCAUCGGUCACUCUCGGAAAAAGUCCAGAUCGGGCGCGCUUCCCGUUCCCGGCCCGCCCGGCGCUGUCUCGGAGAAGUACGGGGAGGCCCUCAGGGUCGCGCUCCAGUUCUUCGACGUCCAAAAAUCUGGAAAGCUGCAGGGAAACACAAUUACUUGGCGAGGUGAUUCUGCAUUGAAGGAUGGACAAGAAGCAGGGUUGGAUCUGUCGAAGGGAUUGUAUGAUGCUGGAGAUCAUGUCAAGUUUGGGCUUCCCAUGGCCUUUACUGCUACUGUGCUUUCGUGGGCAAUUCUAGAAUAUGGAGAUCAGAUGAAUGCUGCAAAGCAGCUUGCCCCUGCUCAAGAUGCACUAAAGUGGAUAACUGAUUAUCUCGUCAAUGCACAUCCGAAGGAUAAUGUCUUGUACAUUCAGGUUGGAGAUGCAAAAACGGACCAUGCCUGUUGGGAAAGGCCUGAAGAUAUGACAGAAGAAAGGCCUCUCACACAGGUGAACACAUCUUCCCCUGGCACAGAAGUUGCAGCAGAGACAGCUGCUGCAUUGGCAUCUGCUUCAUUGGUCUUCAAAACGACUGAUCCUACAUAUUCGGAUUUGCUUCUACAACAUGCAAAGAAGUUAUUUACUUUUGCUGAUAGUUAUAGAGCUUCCUAUAGUAUCAGCAUCCCCAAAGUUCAGCAAUUCUACAAUUCUACUGGGUACGAAGAUGAACUACUAUGGGCUGCUGCUUGGCUCUAUCAUGCAACUCAAGAUCAGACGUAUUUGAGUUAUGCUACUAUAAAGAACGGCCAAUCAUUUGCACAGUGGGGAGACCCAAGCUGGUUUAGCUGGGAUAAUAAACUUGCCGGAACACAGGUUCUUUUAUCCCGAAUUGCAUUCUUUAGCUCAGAUAAGGCAUCAGAUGGGGAGAAGUCGGGCCUCCAAAAUUACAAGAAAACAGCGGAGGCUGUUAUGUGUGGUCUUCUUCCAGAUUCACCUACUGCCACAACUGAUAGAACUGAUGGGGGUCUUGUUUGGAUUUCGGAAUGGAAUGCGUUGCAACAUCCAGUGGCCUCUGCAUUUCUUGCGGUACUUUACAGUGAUUACAUGCUCACAUCAGGGACACCAAGCAUGUAUUGCAACGACAAGGAAUUCUCACCUACUGACCUUCGGAACUUUGCCGUUUCCCAGGCGGAUUACGUGUUGGGUGACAAUCCAAUGAAGCUGAGUUACUUGGUGGGUUAUGGCGACAAGUACCCAGUUCAGGUGCACCAUAGAGGCGCUUCAAUUCCUGUGGAUGCAAAUACAGGCUGCAAGGGCUUUCAAUGGCUGGAGUCAAAGGGACCGAACCCAAACAUAGCUUAUGGUGCAUUAGUUGGCGGUCCGUUUAAGAAUGAUAGCUUCAUAGAUUACAGGAACAACUCGAUGCAGAACGAGCCCACCACAUACAACAGUGCUGUGGCCGUUGCCUUGCUUUCUGGUCUGGUCACCACUUCUUCAGUGGUCAAAUCCUUCUCCUAACAUUACCAAUGCGUUGUCUUUUGUAUAUCUGAUUUUUAUUGUUCUUAUUAUUGUUGUCUGUUGUAAUAUUUAAUCUUGUGAAAAUUGCUCAAAUUUUUCUUGCCUA